CAUCAAACUACACGUGGCAAUUUUCCGAUGCAGCGUUUUCGAGAGAUUCGAUGGCUAAAUCAGCAAAUACUAGAGAAGUCGUACUAGCCUUACAAAGAGACUCUAUCGUGAAAGUGAAAUCAUGCUGAUCGUGAUAUCUAGUUCUCAAAAGCGUGCAGAAAUGAGGGUGUAAUUUCGUCUGUUCUCGAAAUGAUAUCCUGUGCUAAAAACGAAGCUCUCUAUCCCUAUCGCUCCUGUAUUAACAAAUUUAUACAUCACACAAAUCUGCUUACCUCAGCUUGAGACCUUGUUCUACAUUAAUAUGUUUUGCGGCAUGAUGUCGGGUAAACGAUGCGGUGAUUGAGUACCCCCAUUUUCACGGUUGGAGUUAAAGUCGAGCUAGACUAUCAUGGUAGUUGUUGUACAACAUAUUUUUAUUUGUUACAGUAGCUACUUAGAGAAAAGUGUAUCUUUCACUUACUGCCCGGUAACAGUAAGGGAGCAAACAGAAAGAUGUUGCGCGGCGGGUUCGGAGCGAGUGGGCAACAGCAAAGCCAGGACUGCGCGUUUGAGGCGCUGCAGAUCCGUGGCACGCCGAUCCGCGUGUCCUAUUUCCUGGUGGUGAUGUUUCUGUACCAGGUGUUCGAGGCGGUGCAGCAGAGUCUGCAUGGGGGCGGCAACAUGCCCUUCUGGUUUCCCGUCGCCUACGCCGCAGGCUCGCAGAUCCUGCUUUUCGCCACCAUCCUGUGCCACGAGUUUGGACACGGCACCAUGGCUCAGAAGUUAGGCGGGGAAAUCGCCCAGAUUUUGCUGUGGCCCUUUGGGGGCAUCUGCUUUAGCACGCGGCCUUCCGGCGUUGAGGAUGCGCGCCACAAAUUGCGGAACGAGCUGAAGAUUGUGGUCGCCGGUCCCGCAACACACUUCUUACAAGCGCCCUUCUGGGUUCUAGUGCUGUUCGCGCAGCUGGCGGCACUCGGCGGCUUGGCCGCGGGCAGCCACAAAGGGCAAGCUCAACAUGCGGCCAAGGAAAGUUUGCUCACCGGAUCUUCGGGUGCUGCAAACACGAUCUGGCCUUUGCUUGUCCCAUUUCAGUUAGGGGGGCCCGCCGCUCUACCAAUGCCGCUCUUUGGGGGGAGCUGGAUAUUACUGCUCCUGUGGCAGUUGUGUGCGUGGGCGGUGACCUUGAACGUCUAUCUUUUCCUCUUCAACGUCUUUUUCCCGAUGUACCCGAUGGACAGCGCACAAAUUUUAGUGUGCUCCAUGCAAUUGUGCGGAGGCUCCGCCUUGCUCGCAGCCAAAGUUCUCAUCGGCGUUUCCGUGCCCGUGAGCUUCGUCCUGAUCUACUACGCGUGGAGCAACCGAGUGGCCGGCGGCGUAAUGGUUGGCAUCACCGCCUACUUAGCCAUCAUGUGUCUCGUGGAGGCGUGGAACAUCCGGCAACUGAUGCUGAAACGUCAACUCCACACGCAUCGGCUCUUCGAGCUGGCAAGGAGCAACACAAUGUGGGACAGCCGAAUGGGCGCACGCCGUAUCAACAACUCCAAUCUGGACGACGACCCCAAUGAUCCGGCAACAAGGCCACCAACACCAACAGGUGGACGCGGAAGCUCUCCAAACUCUUCACGAGGGCCUAGUGGAAAUGUCCUCCACAAUGUAGUAGCUGGCGGCGCUGGAAACACUGGGACAAAUUACGUGCUGUUUGAGGGUCGCGGGGAGCGUCUUGGCCAGGGUGGCGGCACUUCACCACCAAGCAGCCUGAUGGCAUCUUCAACCAGUACUACAGCGUCCUCUACUAGUGUGGGACCUGCGCGACCGGUAGUGCCUCCAUCAGCUUCGACGAGUGGAGGUGCGCGGACCACGCCGGCAAUCCCACCAUUCCCAGCAAGUGGCAACUCCACCUCUACAGACUUGCUUGGGAUACAACAACAAGGAAGUGCUGGCGCUAACAGAAUGAAUGCUCCACCGCCAAACGCGGUUCCUGCCGUGCCCCCAGCAGGAGCACCACGGCAAGCGUUUCUCCAACGUUUGGAAAGGGAUCAAAAUGUGAAGAGUAUGACAGUCCGGCAACUGGAGGAACAAAGACUUGCGGCAUCCGCAGGGAAUCCUCACCCGGGCAGAGCUGGGAAUCCACAUUUCCAAUCUCCAUCACGAAGAUACGACGCUAGAACUUACGUGCCCGUAAACACGCAGCCGUCAUCUACUGAGGGUGCCAUUGACAACGUAGAGGAUGCGUCGGCUUCUGCAGUCUAAUAAUACCACCGAUGAUUAUGUUCCAAUACCAGGAGAACCUUCUCACACAAACACUACUGAAACCUCCCCAUACAAACACUGCUGGGCCUGUUUUUCUUUCCAGAAAAGUUUUUUUUGAGAAUACAUAGAGAUAGAGUGCUUGCUGGUGGAAAAGAGCCUCGUUUGGACUUUAUUUUCUUGUUUUGAAUUCAAAUGCAUAUGCAAAGUGGAAAGAGUCCGUUUCAAUCAUAAAGACGGGACUUCCGCGAGUGCACAGUGAUUUAGACUUACCAGAACAUGUUUACCGGGAAAGCAAAUUCCUUUGCUGCACUUCGUGUAGUUGAUGUAUUCUCCAACUCAAUACGUGUUCUUUCUGACUGUAAUGGAUCCUCCGCGUCUAUGUGACAUGACUCGGAUGUGGUUCCAUGCCAAGUCUUGCGCAGCGAUUCAGUUAUUCUCAUUUCACAUAAG